AAUUAAUACAGAUGUUCUUUCUCUCCGUCUAACAAUUGACAAUCGUGUUCUGCUCCGAAGCAGCUUGAUCUCUCUAUUGUUGUUAUUGUAAGCCAUCGCAAGACUGCAGUUUACAGUGUUGUUGGGAAAUGCUGCAUACUGUACGGUGUUUGGGAGUAUGGUAGACCGUGCUUCGAGCAAACGCCGGCCCCGCGACGCAUAUGAGACUGCAAGAGCAGAGACUGCUGCCGCGGCGCAGCGGCUCCGAAGAAUGGAGGCACAGUUUGAAAGUUUGAGUGAGCCACCUAACGUUGUGCCUAUCUCGGCGCACCUAGGCCGCCCCGGCGGCUCCCGGCAGAGACGCCGGGCCCGGCCCUUACGCAGCGAAGAGUCUCGCCACGGCGGCGAGAUAAUACAGUUCAGGAGUCUUGGAUGGCGUGGCAGCCGUUGUGUAGCAGGUGAGGAAGCUUUGGACCAGGUCUCGCCGCGGCAGAGGCGGAAGGGGUCGCUGGGCCGCCGCGGGCUUGAAUCGGCUCUCGGCCAGUUGCUUUCACUUCCCCUAGGCGCCGACCUCCGCCGUGGCGAGUACCCCGGGGAUGUAGUGACGAUGCCGUGGGCGGAAUCUUCUCCCCCAGCACCUCCUCGCCCUCCCCAUCCGGUACGGCGGCCUGGGUUUCUAGCUGCGGAAGGUGGUGAAUGGCGGCGGAUGAAACAAGCCGGGGGCCGUGCUGGUGGCGGUGAUGGGGUGGACAUACAAGUUGGCGUAGGCACUUCUGGUGACGACGACGACAACGGCGAAGACAACAGCGGUGGGCACCGCGACAAAAGCUUCUACCACCGCGGCAAAGACACGGCGCCCUCGAGCUUCGCCAAGAGCAUACGAAUAAUCAGCGGACGACAGAGCUCCGCUGCUUCCGCUCCCGCUCCCACUCCUACCUCUCCUCCUCCCACGGCGCCCCAACCCGAGCCGAGACUUUCCUUCUCUUCCCCCACCCCGUCAUCUACUUCCUCCAACCCCAACCCCGAAACAGCAGCAGCCAACACCCUGACCCAGCACGCUCUCGACAGCCUCGUGACGCGCGAGCGGGCGCUCACGCGCGCCGAAGCGAACAUGAUCUACAUGAGAUUGGCGGGGCAGCCGGCGGGGCAGAGACACGUUUUGGGUUACUAUCGUAGUGGUAGGGCCGUGUCGCGCAAGAGGACGAGUACGAGCUCCGUCCCACUUCCCGAGGCCGUUGUGGCGGGGCGGUUCAGGGCGACGCCGGCGGGGGCGAUGGUGGGCCGGCUGUUUGCGUCGGGGGACAUUGCGGCUGAGGAUUUGGCGUGGAUGGUGCGGCGUUGGGGGAUGGUUAAGGGGGGGCGGUUAAGGUUGUGAUGGCGAUGAG